UCUUUGGCUUGCCUUGCAGAAAACUCUUCUAUCAUGUCGCAGAAUGGAUACUUUGAGGAUGCAGGCUACCUCAAGUAUGACGCAGAUGAUGCCUCUGAAACCCGUGAGGAGAGCCUGGGGGAUGAGGCCUUCGACACGGUCAACUCCUCCAUUGUGUCUGGCGAGAGCAUCCGUUUCUUUGUCAACGUCAACCUCGAGGUGCAGCCCACCCAGUCCGAGAGUGAAUCGCCUGGCGGCUACGGGCUCCUACACACCUCCCGCAAGGUGAGUGGCCCAUCGACCGGAUGGAAGACAUUUGGUCCUGGGCCACUAGCUGGGGGUGGAGGUGGUUGCUUCCCUGAGAGAGCUCACACUGCUGCUGGAUCUCACACUAGCCCAGGGCCCGGCUGCUGGGGCCAGCCACGCUGGUCUUCUCUCCGGGAAGGGGGUGUCGGGUCCUGGUGGGCAGGGUCAGCCGGGGACCACCACAGAGGAAGGACCCAGACAGCGACAGGAGGUCUUUCUUAUUUAUGGGCCUGUGUGGUUCUGUGUGUGGGGUCCCCACAGUACCUGAAGUUAAAGAACUUUGAGGAAGAGAUCCGAGCGCACCGGGACCUAGACGGCUUCUUGGCACGGGCCAGCAUCAUCCUGAACGAGACAGCCACCUCCCUGGAUGACGUGCUACGGGCCAUGCUGUGCCGCUUAGCCCAAGACUCCCACAACACCGAGCCCGACUGCAAUUUGGACCUGCUCAUGGCCAUGCUUUUCACUGAUGCCGGGGCCCCCACGGAGGGUAAAGCAGUUCACCUACUGUCAGAUACCAUCCAAGGGGUCACUGCCACAGUAACGGGGGUGCAAUACCAGCAGUCGUGGCUCUGCAUCAUCUGUACCUCCAAGGCCCUGCUGAAGCGGCAUGUGUGCAUCAGCCGCCUGGUUCGCCCGCAGAACUGGGGGGAGAAUUCCUGUGAGGUGCGGUUUGUCAUCCUGGUGCUGGCCCCACCCAAGAUGAAAAGCACCAAGACUGCGACGGAGGUGGGACGCACGUUUGCCACCAUGUUCUUAGACAUCACCUUCCGCCAGAAGCUCCUGAAGACCCGCACGGAGGAGGAAUUCAAGGAGGCCCUAGUACAUCAGAGACAGCUGCUCACCGUAAUGAGCCACUGUCCGAGCAUCAGGAUGAAGGACUACAGCAUGAGCUCCAUCUGCACCCACAGACCCCCGCAGCCCCCACGGCACAAGGACUUUCUCCCCAUGGGGAGGGGCAUCCGGGAAGACAUCGCCCGCAGGUUCCCUGUGUACCCGCUGGACUUCACUGAUGGCAUUAUCGGGAAAAACAAAGCUGUGGGCAAAUACAUCACCACCACCCUGUUCCUCUACUUCGCCUGCCUCCUGCCCACGAUCGCUUUUGGGUCCCUCAACGAUGAGAACACGAACGGGGCCAUUGAUGUACAGAAGACCAUAGCUGGGCAGAGCAUCGGAGGCCUCUUGUACGCACUCUUCUCCGGGCAGCCGCUGGUGGUGCUGCUGACGACCGCGCCCCUGGCCCUCUACAUCCACGUGAUCCGUGGCAUCUGUGAUGACUACGAUCUGGACUUCAGUACCUUCUAUGCAUGGACAGGCCUGUGGAACAGUUUCUUCCUCGCGCUUUAUGCCCUCUUCAACCUCAGCCUGGUCAUGAGUCUCUUCAAGAGGUCAACGGAGGAGAUCAUUGCUUUGUUCAUUUCCAUCACAUUCGUGCUGGAUGCUGUCAAGGGCAUGGUCAAAAUCUUCCAGAAGUACUACUGUGGCCACAACCCUGGGAACUACUACGAAGAUAGGUCUUCCCCGGUGAGCCUGCUGGGCCUCAGCCCCAGCCUCAACAGCAGCCUCCACGCUGCCCUCAACACCAGCCUCCUGGCCGGCCCACCAGAGCUGCCUUCAGUGGGCAGCCAGGGCCCCGAGCCCCUGGCCCGGGACACGGCUGUGCUCAGCCUCCUCAUCAUGCUGGGGACACUCUGGCUGAGCUACACCCUCUACCAGUUCAAGAAGAGCCCCUACCUGCACCCCUACAUGCGUGAGAUCCUGUCAGACUGUGCCUUGCCCAUCUCAGUGCUUACCUUCUCCCUCAUCUCUUCCUACGGCUUCCAGGAGAUUAAGAUGGGCAAGUUCCGCUACAACCCAAGCAAGAGCCUGUUCGAGAUGGCCGAGAUGCACUCGCUAUCCCUGGUGGCCGUCAGCGGCGCCAUGGGCCUCGGCUUCCUCCUCUCCAUGCUCUUCUUCAUCGAGCAGAACCUGGUGGCUGCCUUGGCUAAUGCCCCGGAGAACAGGCUGGUAAAGGGCACUGCCUACCACUGGGACCUCCUGCUCGUCGCCAUCAUCAACACCGGGCUGUCUCUGUUUGGGCUGCCCUGGAUCCAUGCUGCCUACCCCCACUCCCCGUUGCACGUGCGGGCACUAGCUUUGGUGGAGGAGCGUGUGGAGAAUGGGCACAUUUAUGAGACGAUUGUGAGUGUGAAGGAGACGCGGUUGACCACCCUGGGCGCCAGCAUCCUGGUGGGCUUCUCCCUCCUGCUGCUGCCCUUCCCGCUACAGUGGAUCCCCAAGCCUGUGCUCUACGGCCUCUUUCUCUACAUCGCGCUCACCUCCAUCGACGGCAACCAGCUGUUUGCACGUGUGGUCCUGCUGCUCAAGGACCAAACCUCGUACCCACCCACCCACUACAUCCGGAGGGUGCCCCAGAGGAAGAUCCACUACUUCACAGGCCUGCAGGUCCUGCAGCUGCUGCUGCUCUGUGCCUUUGGCAUGAGCACCCUGCCCUACAUGAAGAUGAUCUUUCCCCUCAUCAUGAUCGCCAUGAUCCCCAUCCGCUACAACCUGCUGCCCCAAAUCAUUGAAGCCAAGUACCUGGACGCCAUGGACGCUGAGCACUGAGGUCCUGGCUACCAGGCCCUGGCCACACCCCAUCCGCCCAUCCCUCUGGGUCUUCCCAGGCUGGCUCUGUGGCUGUGUGUGGGUAUCUUAGGGUGCUGCUCUGUGCUGCACCCCCUCACAGCUGUCCCAACCGGCCUAGGGUGUCUGGGCAUUGAGGGGGCUCCAAGGUGUGUGUCUGCUCCUCUUCCCAUUAGCCUUUUGCUUUGGGUCCGGAACUCUGCUCAGGGCAGCUUCUGCCCAGGGUGGGACUAAGCAGGACGGAUUUUCUUUUGAUAAAAGAGCCUGAAAGAGAAACCAUUUCCUUGAUUGUGUAAGGAACUUGCUGUAUGCACAUUAGAGAA